GAGAGAGAGAGAGAGGUGGAGGAGAUUAAUAGAGCGGUGGUGGGAGGAUAUAAAGACGACUGCAGCCUCGUCCAAAAGACCAGAACAACACCUGGACACAAGAUGAGUCUCCGCAGAGUCACCAUCACCUGUCUGCUCCUGUCGCUGCUCCUGUCGCUGCACCUGGACACGUCUGAGGGACACAUCACCUUCUUCAGCCCCAGAGAGAUGAUGCUCAUGAAGGAGCGUGAGGGGAAAAAGGACGUGGAGCCUCGAUCUGAAGAUGGACAGUUUCAGGACGUGAACCUCCAACCUCCUGAGACCGAACACGGAGCCGCACCUGUAAGACACCUGCACCUGCCUGCACCUAUACUGACCACAGACACAUGGACCGUUUCACACGUGCAGAUACUGACCACAGACACGUGGACCGUUUCACACGUGCAGAUACUGACCACAGACACGUGGACCGUUUCACACGUGCGGACACUGACCGCAGACACGUGGACCGUUUCACACGUGCACGGACACUGA